AUGGUACUAUUAGAAUUAUUAACAUUACUUGGCAGGUUCCAUGUUGACGAUUUCUCAUCAGCUCACGUUUACCUAAGGACUAAGACACCGAUAAAAUCAUACGACGAGUUGCCAGCUAAAGCAGUCAUUGAAUGCGCAUAAUUAACAAAGGACAACUCAAUUGAAGGGUGCAAAAAGGGGGAAGUGGUUGUGAUCUACACUUGGGCUUCAAACCUACUUAAGAAUGAUACUAUGGAGACUGGAGCUGUCUCAUUCCACAAUAGAAAGCUUAUUGUGAGUCAAAACGUCGAAAAAGAUAAAGAAAUUCUUAAGCAGGAGCGUGAUAUGCAUGUCAUGAGGAUGCAAAAAGAGGCAUAGAUGAAAAAGAAGGAGGAAAGAAAGCAAAAGGAAAAUGAGUAAAAGCUAAAAGUCAAGGAAGAAGAGGAGAAGAAACAGCAAUGGAAUGAUUUUGAAGCCUAAGGUGAAACACUUAUGAGAUCAAAUCAUGAUAACAAUGUUGAAGAUGACUUCUGGUGA